AUGCCUUUAAAGCCAGGUAUUCUUCAGCAACCCCUCGUAUACACAAACCAGUCGAGACACCAACCCUAUUAUCUUUCAACCUAUCUGAUGUUUGCUGGAUUUACGUUAUCCUUAAUCCUAUUAACUUUGGCACAACUAAUCUUCUUCUCAUUCAAACAACUGCGAUGCGAAAGAAUCACACUUCACAAAAAUCUGUUUGCCUCUUACAUGUUAACGGCUGUCGUGAAAAUCAUAUACUUUGCAACAUCUGUAUUAAACGGGCAUGUCUUAAUUGAAAACCCGGCUUGGUGCCAAGUUCUCCACGUGUUAGCAGAAUAUGCACCAAGCUGCAAUUUCUUCUGGAUGUUUUGUGAAGGGCUUUAUUUAUACACCGUCCUCGUUUGGACAUUUCGCUCCGGCAAACGCUUCUUGUAUUUAUGCUGCGCCAUAGGAUGGGGUGUUCCUCUAAUAUUGACAACAAUCUACGCAGCGGUUCGAUCCCAGUACAAGGAACACACCUUGCGGUAA